AUCCCGUGCGUAUGCCCAAGCCGAGUGAGCGCGCAAUUUUGUGAUAAAUUUUGACGUUAUAUUCAGAAAACAAUAUAUUUCACCCUUCGCUUUCUCUAUUUUUUUCUUUGCCGUGAUUUUUUUUUUCGCCACUGAGGUCAAAGGUAAGAGAAGUGGGAAAACCCAAGCCUACAGCGUGAUUAGCUGAUCAAAGAUUGCUUAUAUGCCAGCACUGAAACAGACAGGUAAUGUGUCGUUGACUUUUUGCAGCAUUGAAUUUUCAAAUUUACGGACUCAUAAUAUAAGCAGUAUAAUCUUUCAAGCAACAAGCGAGGUCAGACCGAAUGUUAACACAAUGGCGGAUGAAGCGAAAGUCACACACUCUAUGCAAAGCCUGACGUGUUUGUUAUGUGUUGGCACAAUCAUCGAUGCUACAGAUCUUUCUUGCGGACAUUCAUUCUGCAGAGCAUGUUUGAAAAGGUACGACGCAUCUUAUCCAGAACGAGACCACAUCGUGUGCCCUGACUGCAAGGAACUCACACGGUUAUCAGACAAUCGAAUCGAUGGCCUCCCUUCCAAUUCACCUAUCAACGAACUCGUUGGAGAGCAUUCCCGCAAAGCGGAUGAUGACAUCACAGGAGCCAAUCCACAGUGCAACACCUGCGAACUUCAGGAAAAUGCCGUUUGCUUAUGCAGUUCAUGCAACAACUUCAUGUGUGAGCAGUGCCUUGAAUGUCAUCAACAUCUGAAAAGAGUCUUUGGGAGCCAUGAUAUUAUUUACUUUCAGGAUACUAACAGCAAUUCACCAUGCGGACAGUACCCAUCUCGGUUUUGUUCGACUCAUAUUUUAGAACUUAACAGCAUCUUCUGUGAAAAAUGUGUCCGAUAUAUUUGUCUGAAGUGCGUAUUUAAUCACCGCGAUCACAAUCUGAAAAAGAGUGAUCAAUUUGUUAGUGAACUGAGGGAGAAAGUUGAAGACCUCAGUGAACGAACUAAGAUGAAGAAAGCACGUUUACAAAGGAAUAUGAAACAAACAGUAUUGCAAAUGCAAAAUGUGCAGUCACUUGUGAAGGAACUCAGGGUAGCUGAGUACGAUGCGUACAAGGAGAAGGAGAAGAAAUUGAGAGAAAAUCACCAAGUACUAGUUGCGGAAAUAGAUGCGCUGGAGCAGGAUUUUCUUCGCAAUCUAAGCUCUCUGAAAGAAAGUGAUCGGCAGAGAAUUAGAAGCAUUUGUAGCAAGGCAUCAUUGAUCAACAGUUGCAUAGUCGGUUGUCUUGAGACAAACAGUUUAUCUACUCAUGCCUUGUUUUGCGAAGAGCUAGAAACCAUGUUGGAAACGGGUAUUGAUGACGAUACUGCUGUAACGGUUGCAGAGAUGGCAAAGAGAUAUACAUUCCAGUCCUUGAGAGAGGAUAACACACUGGAACUUGGUCAUAUAACCAUGACAUCAUCCCCCACCCAGUUGCAUGUGACAAAGUCCGUCAGUCUUUGUGGCCAAACGUGGGGAAUCACCAAAUAUUCUAGCGAGGACAUCGCUGUGGGGUACUGGGGUGAUCACUGUGGUAUUGAUAUUAUUGAUUCUUCGGGGCAUUCGAAGCAGUAUCGCAAAUUUCCACCUUUUGUAGAAUGUUGCGACUUGGUGUUUCAAGAAGAUGGCACGCUGUACGCAUCAACUACCAAGAAUGAAGUGUGUAUGUAUUCGGCAAAGGGUUAUUGGGAAUCCACGAUUGCAAUGGAAAGUGAUGGGUAUCUCCUUGCAUUAAACAGAAGCCCGUCAGAUGAAAUACUUCUCACUAAUGGGUCAAAUCAGAUAUACAUCUAUGAUUCGACGGGUACCAAUGUAGAACAUACAGUGCAAACAAAAUACGUUACCCUACAGGUAUCUGGAACAAGUACUGGUCUUGUGGUGGCAAGUUGUUCCCGUACAAUAGAACCUGAUGUGGUUGUCGUAUACGACAGAAACGGCAACGGUGGCAAGCUCCUAGAUGCUCCUAAGAAUAGCUGCCUCUACCCUACAGUUGACCAAGAGGACAGGGUGUAUAUAGCAAGCGUUAACUGUGAGACUGGCAGAAUGAAGAUCACCCGUUACGUCAUUGAAGGUUUGGACCUUAGGGAAACAUCGGAGUUUAUCCACACUGACUUUGUUCUUCUACAGCAUGGAUGGUGUUGUCUUGUAGCCCUGUCUCCAAAUAAUCUUGCAUUUGCCUGUAAUGACAAAGUUCACUUCAUAACUGUUUCGAUUUGACAUCGAUGUAACAGGUUUCUUGAUGAUUAUUUGGUCGUCUUCAGUCCAGACGGAAAAGCUCUUGUUUUACGUAGCCAGAGGUUUGUUCUUGAGUGAUUAUAAACUAAGAUUGAAACACUAUCGGACGUGUUAGUUUUAAAGCCUGAUUUUAGCUUUGGUGAAGACUCAAUAUAAUUUGUGAAAUGUACCAAAUCUUAUUGUAUGUAAUCUUAUAAUUGCAAAUUUGUUAUAUAGACCUGGCUUAAAUUUCAUGCGGUAUGAUUCAUUAAACACAGAGCUAUGAGCCUUCUUUCAGAACUCAUCAGAAAACCUCUCAAUCCAAGUUUCGUUAUUACGUUGAAUAAAGUAUGUAAUCCAAUUAUGUCUUCAUUCACUCUUAUUUUAUUUCCUUUUUGAGAUUUGGGCCCAUGACUUGAGGGCCCAUACCUAAAUUUGAAAUGAUAAAGGUUUAAGAAAAUUGACAUGAUAUUUUUAAUUGAACAUUAAAACUUAUAUACUUAACAAUAACGACAAGGAAAUGAAUUAAAACAUGCAUGAUCUGAUAUUGAAAAAGUUCCGUAUUUUUCCACUUCGAGCUAGUUGAUACUUAUAUUUACUUUAUGUACAUUCAUUCUUUUCACGAGCAUUUACGUGUUGAAAGAUUCAUUUUAUGUACUAAAUUAUGGCCCAUCUGGGCCCCGUCUCACAAAGAGUUACGAUUGAUCCAAUCAAUCGUAACUCAAUGGAAAUCCAUCAGUGUAAAAAAAAAAAUUUACAGGAAAUUUGCCAAAUGUCCUUAGUAAACAAAGGAGUAUACACCAAAUUGUCAAGAAAUCAAUAAAUUUAUGGAUAUACAUUCAUAUCUAGAGAUUUUUUAACAAACAUGCAUUUAAUAUGUUGCUUUGCUGGCUUUCCAUAGUUGCGAUUUAUCGGAUCAAUCGGAACUCUUUGUAAGACGGGCCCCUGAUCUGCCUUCAACUUGAUGCCCGUCAAGUCGCAGGUAUGUUCGUAUAGUGACGUGCACGUUCAUGUGGAGGAGAACUCGACGGACAAAUAUUCUUAUCCUGACUACUUAAUACAAAACUUUGGUAGAUAGGUUUCCUGAUGUGUAAUAAGAAAGUGUUUAUAUUUUGUAAUUAUUGGAGUAUUUGAUGUAAAAUUUCAUGCAGUUGUAAAAAAAUCAAUUUUAGUUUACGGUGCAUUUAUAUAAAGAAUAUAAUGUUGUAAUUUUAAUAUUAUAUGCAUCUAAAGUGAUAUUAACAUUUUUGUGGGACACGCUUUAUACUUGAUUAUCAUAUAACAUUCAUAUCUUGAAAAAGAAAAUUAUAGUAGCCAUUUUAUCUUUUUACAUCUGACGUUUAUAUCAACAAACUAGAGACGAAAAUUAUAUCCUGGAAUUUUCAGCCCAGUUCAUGGUUUGGAAUAUGUUUUAUAACAAACAGAAAAGAAACACCACGAGGGCAAUAUAUACGUAUAUGAAUAUAUAAUGUAACCAGAAACCGUCACGCCUUAACUUAAUUCCAUUCACUAGCAAGUGUUAUAUUAUCUCUUCAGUAUAGUAAAUGAUUACUUCUUGUUUUCUUCAUUGUUUUUUUUCCAUCCAUUAGAACAAUUUGAAACAUAACAUGAAUUAAAGUUCAGACCUUUGUAAUGUAUUUGCUUAUUGUCCUCCAUAUCUAUUUCCUUAUUGUCCU